GGAUCACCAAUCGGCAGGCGUACGCUCAGGGAUCAGCUCUCCUCGCGGCGCCAGGAAACGAACACGGUUCGAGUGGGGGGCAGCCGGACAAGUUCAGCGAGAAUAUCGAUUCAGUCUCGCGCAAACCACCCCCAUGUGUCGUGUCCGUUGCAGCAGCUCCACCUUUCAGCUUUGUUUUCGGCUCGGUGUCAUGACUGACACAUAAACAGAGCCGUGUCGCGGUGAAACGCUCACCUAGACGGUGGUCCACGGAACGCGUCGUCGAGCGAACUGUCGCGUCGAGCCCUGAGAAAAUACCGGGGUACCGAUCGUCGUCGAUAGAAAUUCUCCGUUAACGCUUAUCGAUUCGCGGACUAUUCCCGAAGAGGCGUUCCGUUGUUCGUGCACGUCGCUGUAGUGAGGUGGUCAAGUUUAUUACAUAAACCCUCGCGCGUGUUUCGACGUUUUCGUUCCUCCCAUCGAAUUACUCGCGGGUGAUUCGAAUUACCCGUUUACGGUGUAUAUCAUUCUCGCCCCUCGUUCACGGCCGCUCGUCGUUUAAUCGUCGGUCGUUGCGGCGCGAUUAAAAUAGAUCUUUCCAGCAAAACUGUUCCAUCAUCGAUUCGUUUCGUAGACCGCUCCCGGGAGGGCUGCCCGUCCCGUUCGUCGUCGCAUCCCGGCGAUGCACGCCGUAUACCGCGAUAAAUUUAGAAGAUCGCAUCGAUACGGUUGACAAGCUAGCAAUCGAAUGUCCCUCUUCGGAAUAGCUCGACCCGAUCCUAAUCAGUUACGUGCGGCCGCGCGAGACACUUGUGAUUUCCAUCGUGGACGCGGAUCGAUGCCGUAAACACGAAAAAGAGGAGAAGAAAAAACGAAGCUAGGCUAGGAAAAAAAAGAAAAGAGGGAUCGCGUUGAAACAUCGAAUCCAUGGUACGUGCAGCUCGAAUAUGAAGCGCUUCGAUCACGGCCCUGUCGGUCCGUGUUCGUCUUGACUACGGAAUCGUGGGAGAACGACGGGAGAGCGCCACCGCUUCUUGAGAGAUGUCUUCGAUAUCAGCGCAAGGGGUCGUCGAGAGAGCCAGCGCCGAGUUAACCAAGAGAAUCAACGGACUGGGGUUGAGAGGGUCCAAGCAUCAUGGUGGGGGAAAGGCCAGCGUCAUGGAACGCGUUACGAACGUGUUUUGCGGAAGCGGCGGGGUCGCCUAUACGAAUCUGCAGAGCGCGAACAAUGCGAACGCAACCCCGGAAAAGCCGAGCAGGAGCGCGCCUAUGUCGAUGGGCAACAUGCCGCCAACCAAUAAUAAGAGUCUGAGCAACAGCACGCCGAGCAGAACGAGGAUAUCCAGGAAUCGCGCAAGGAACGCGCCCCUUGCGUGCGGCGGCACGGGGAACUACGUGGCGAUGUGCACGUGGGAGCAGCUCAUGCAGGACGAUUACUUCCUCGACAAAUUUUUCCUCUACUUCAACGCCAUCGAGAGGAGGAUUUUGGCUCAGGUGUGCACAAGAUGGAGAGACGUACUGUACGCGCGACCUCGGCUUUGGGCAGGCCUGGUGCCCGUGGUGAGGUGUCGCGAGAUGCGCGCCAUGCCUCUGACGUAUCGCAGCCGUCUGUACGCCUCCUUGGUCAGAAGAGGUUUCCAUUCGUUGGUCCUCCUCGGUGCCGCUGACGAGGAUAUCCCCGAGCUCACCCACGGGUUCCCUUUGGCGCAGAGGAACAUCCACUCGUUGUCCCUGAGAUGCUGUGCGGUCACCGACAAAGGCCUCGAAGCUCUCUUGGAUCACUUGCAAGGUUUGUUCGAGCUCGAGUUGGCCGGUUGCAACGAGAUAACGGAGGCCGGUCUGUGGACCUGCUUGACACCUAGAAUAGUAUCGCUCUCCUUGUCGGACUGUAUCAACGUGGCUGACGAAGCCGUCGGAGCGGUCGCACAAUUGUUACCCAGCCUCUACGAGUUCUCGUUGCAGGCGUACCACGUGACCGACGCAGCCCUCACUUACUUCAACCCCAGACAGAGUAGCGCCCUCAGCAUUCUCAGGCUCCAGUCCUGCUGGGAGCUCACCAACCACGGUGUGCUCAAUAUCGUACAUUCCUUGCCCAAUUUGACCGUGUUGUCGCUGUCGGGGUGCACCAAAGUGACAGACGACGGCGUCGAGCUGAUAGCGGAAAAUUUGCCAAGACUUCGUUCCUUAGAUCUGAGUUGGUGCUCAAGGAUUUCCGAUCCAGCGUUAGAAUACAUCGCCUGUGAUUUGAAUCACUUGGAGGAGCUCACGUUGGACAGGUGUGUGCACAUCACGGAUAUAGGCGUGGGCUAUAUCUCCACAAUGGGAUCAUUGAGCGCAUUGUUCUUAAGAUGGUGCUCGCAACUUAAAGACUUUGGUCUUCAGCACUUGUGCGGCAUGAAAUCCUUACAAGUACUCUCCGUGGCAGGUUGCCCAUUGCUCACGAGUAGCGGACUGUCCAGCUUGAUACAGCUUCGCCACUUACACGAAUUAGAACUAACCAACUGUCCAGGAACGUCUCAGGAACUGUUCGACUAUUUACGUGAACAUCUGCCGCGUUGCCUAAUCAUCGAAUAAACGAUUACCUUGGGGAGAAUAGAGAACACCACCGGAGAAUUUUUUUUUUUUUGCGUUUCGAAGACGCUCACGUGGUCGCGAAACGGCGAGGUGAAAUUUGUAUUCCUAAAAACAAAAACGAACAAAAAAAGAAAAUGAAGAAAAAAAAGAAGAGGGAGAAAACGUUUCACGUAAAGCAAUACUUAGAAUGACAAUGGUAUAUACGACACGACUGAAAUGAUGCCUCAUACAGAUAGGGAGAAGCAAUUGACGUCCAGACGCAAACUAAAUCACUAUGGUUUUACUUGUAACGUUCUAUAAGAAUGGAGGAAAAACGAGCGAGAGAGAGAGAGAGAGAAACCACUAGCCCCCCUAAUCGUGCAAAGUAACAUUGACUACAUAGCGCAUAGGCAUUUUUAAUACACCAGAGCUCCCGUACGAAUCGCACUCCUUUCUAUCCAUGCUAGACUUUCAAUGAGAUCGGUGUGCUCGCGUUCCGAGAACGUGGCCCCCUCGGCCGUUGCGUUUUUAUUUCUUUUUCGAAUGUUCGGAAAACGAUAAAAAAAAAUACACACAUAUAUAUAUAUAUACACGAAAAGAAAAAAAAACAGUAUACGCCAUUUGGUAACGAUUCUCAAAGUUUCAUGCGUCGCUUGAUGAUAGGGAAAACGAAGAGACAAUUAACCUCGUAGGUUCUCGCUAAAGAACGUAGAAAUGUCCGAGUGACGACACGACAGACUCAAACAGUUAGAACUGUGAUAAAUUUUUAUUGUACAUGUAUUAUUUUACUUUGAAUAUGUUUAGGCAUUGUUCAUCCCGCUUUAAGACCGUUCAAGAAUCACGAUUACGACGCAUUUAGACGCGUUGCUUAUAUUAAAAAAAAAAAAAAAAAAAAACCAUAAACAUAUGCGUGCUACCUAGAAAGUGACUACUCAAGAACGAAAAGUAUAAAAGAGCUAAAAACAUUCCGAUGCGUCUUAACGAUUUCUUUUUUUUUUUUUUUUUUUUUU